AUGGCCCAUUUGAUUCACAAGGCAGGGGGUAGUAUAAGGAGUGAUCCUCGCGAACCCAGACCUUCAAGUCCCAGUCCCUCACAAGUUUCUGAAAGAGAAACUGAACAAGAGAAAGCGGAGAAAGAAGAGGAAAUUCGUAGAAAGAAAUUACAAAUUUAUGUCUUUGUCAUGAGAUGUAUAGCCUACCCAUUCAAUGCUAAACAGCCGACCGAUAUGGUGAGGCGACAAACAAAACUUACAAAACAACAGCUGCAAACAACCAAAGAGAGGUUUCAGUCAUUUUUAAGAGGAGAGCUUUGCAUUGCAGCUGAUGAGGCAUUUGUGAAUGCUGUUCAGAGUUAUUAUGAAUCAUUUUUGAAGAGUGAACGUGUGGCAUCGAUGGUGAAAGGAGGGUUCUGUUCUGCCAGUGACUUCAGAGAUAUUUUUAAAAACAACAUAGAGAAACGAAUUCGUCGUCUGCCAGAGAUCGAGGGCCUGCCAAAAGAAACAGUCCUCAACUCCUGGAUGGGAAAGUUUGAUCAGAUCUUCAGAGGAGACGAAGACCCACGCAAAUGGUCCCAGAGAAUGGGCAUGGUGAACAUGGGAAGUUCAGAGGCAAUCCUCACUAAGGAGCAGCUUUUUGAUCUCUUUCAGAAUAUUCUUAGCAUCAAGAAAUAUGAGCAUCAAAUUCUCUACAACGCUCUACAGCUGGACAACGUGGACGAACAAGCCGCCCAAGUGAGGCGAGAGCUAGAUGGCAGACUGCACGCUGCAGAGGAGCUCGUAAAGAGACGUAGGGCCCUGCCACGAUUCGUGGUGAAAGAGAUGGACACGUUGUACGUGGAGGAGUUGAGGACCGCAGUGGCCAUGCUUAUGGCCAACCUAGAGAGCGUGCCAGUUACCAAGGGUUCCAACGACACCAAGUAUACACUGAAGCUGAACAGAUAUAAAAAGUUAAUGGACAUGUCCGAGGAGAAUGAGCCUGCACUCUCGAAAGUUGAUCUCGUUCUGACUUUCGCUAUGGAGGUGGUUGUCAUGGAGGUGAAGGGUUUGAAGUCCCUGCCGGCAAACAAGAUCGUCUACUGCACGAUGGAAGUCGAUGGGGCCGACAAGUUGCAGACGGAUCAGGCAGAAGCUUCCAGACCAUGCUGGGACACGCAAGGCGAUUUCACGACGAACUACCCUUUGCCAGUAGUCAAAGUCAAGCUGUUCACUGAGAGUUCAGGUCUUCUCAGUCUAGAAGAUAAGGAACUUGGAAGGGUGAUAAUAACACCCACUGCUACCAGCCCCAAGACCCCGGAAUGGUACCAACUGACCACCACCAAAAACUGCCCUGAUAAAAAUCUGAAGAUCAAAAUCGCCAUUAGGAUUGAUAAACCUCAAAAUUUGAAACACUGCGGAUAUUUGUACGCUCAAGGGAGAUCAGUAUGGAAAAGAUGGAAGAAACGUUAUUACGUUCUUGUUCAGGUAUCCCAGUACACGUUUGCUAUGUGUAGCUACCACGAACGCAAGCAGGAUCCAGUAGAGAUACAACAGUUGGACGGAUUCACUGUUGAUUACUGCGAACCUCUAGAAGGCAUGGAAGGCGGCAAGUACUACUUCAACAUCGUGCGUGAAGGUGACCAGACGACCUUUGCCACCGAAGACGAAAACGAAAGGUCACUUUGGGUUCAAGCUAUUUAUAGAGCCACGGGGCAGUCCCACAAACCUAUGCCUCCAUCCAAUCAGCCGUCAAAGAGUACUAACAUGCAGCUGUCAAAAGUUCAAGGAGGUUGGUUUUUGGAUAUUUGGGUGUAUACGUUGUACACGGACAAAGCGCGGAAGCAUGGGCUGGAGGAAUUUGUAACGGCUGUGCCUGGCAACUUCGAACACCACGAUCUCUUCAAGUUGCUCCAGAAAUUGACACUCGACUAUCGACUCAAUGAUCAGUUCACAUCGCUGGGUUGGUUCAGUCCAGGCCAGAUAUUUGUGCUCGAUGAAUACUGCGCCCGCUACGGAGUUCGUGGCUGCAAACGCCACCUCUUCUAUCUCACCCAACUCCUUGAGCACUCCCAGCAAGGAACCAUGAUCGAUUCUACACUCAUGCAUUAUAGUUUCGCAUUCUGUGCCUCCCAUGUGCACGGCAAAAAACCGGACGGCAUAGGAUCGAUCUUGCACGAAGAGAGAGAUAGAUUCGCCGAAAUCAAGGACCAACUGAAGUUCCAUCUCGAAACGCAGAUCACUAACUUUAGAUUCGUGUUUCCAUUUGGGAGGCCAGAGGGUGCCCUAAAAGCGACACUCUCCUUAUUGGAAAGGGUACUAAUGAAAGACAUAGUGACACCAGUACCAGCUGAGGAGAUCCACAUGUUCUUAAAGAAGUGUCUCGAGAAGGCGGCUCUCAUCAAUUACACUAAAGUCGCCGAACAGUCCAAGGUUGAAGGUAGUUUGCGUCGUUGGUGUGUCUACUCUACAGUUGUUUGUUGCUGCCAUUGUUGUUGCUGUUUUUUCCUUCCUACAGUGCACCGUUAUGAUGAUAUAAAGAAGAAGAUAGAGAAUCUGACACAUCUGGCAGAGUUAUGCAUAGAGGUGCUGCAACAAAAUGAUGAAUAUCACACCGAGGCGUUUUCGUGGUUCAGCGACCUAAUGGUGGAACACGCAGAAAUUUUUUGGUCUCUGUUCUCAGUGGACAUGGAUGCUCUGCUUGAGAACCAACCACCUGAUACUUGGGACAGUUUCCCGCUUUUUCAAAUGCUCAAUGAUUACCUCAGAAAUCAUGAAAGUUUAUGCGGAGGCAAAUUUCACAGUCACCUGCGUGACGCAUUUGCACCCCUGGUCGUCAGGUAUGUAGACCUCAUGGAGUCUUCCAUCGCUCAAUCCGUUAACAAUGGCUUCGAAAGGGAACUCUGGAAACCACAGGGGAAUGGUUGUGCGACAUCUGAGGACAUGUUGUGGAAGUUGGAGGCCCUACAGACCUUCGUGCAUGACCUUCACUGGCCGGAAGAGGUCUUCGCCGAUCACCUAAAUCAUAGGUUAAAGGUCAUCUCGUCCGAGAUGAUUGAAGCCGCUUCUAAAAGGUGUGUGGUGUCAUUUGAGAGUUGGUUGAAGAAAGGACCGCGAACGACGGAUUAUGUCUUCCCAUCUGAGAUGCUAGUCAUGUUGAAUGUCAUCGUAGACUUUAAGAAUCAGUCGAUUAUACAAUCACUCAAUGUGUCAAUUAAACAAUCAAUCAACCAAAAGCAACUCUAUAGUGACGAUGAAUUGUUAGAACAAGUUCAUCUGCAGAUGACCAAGUCGUUAUUAGAAAGGUUGUUGUGCGUGUUGGAGAAUGCACUGGGCAAGUUGGCCAGGUACGAUCAGGGUUCCUUAUUCUCAUCUGUCCUCACAUUAACAGUUAGUGUUAUUAUCAUUAUCAUUAUUAUCAUUAUUAUUAUUCAGAAACCGACGGAUGAGCUGAGUAGAUCUUACAUAAGUUUCAUGCGUGUCAGUCUGGAUCAGGUACGUCAGAAAGUUGCGGACGAGUUGUACAUACUCAAUCUUCUCGAGACUUGGUACACGUCACAGAUAAAGAUGAUGAAUGAUUGGUUGGUUGAGAGGAUUGAUUCCUCACUGCACCCUUACCAACUUAACUGCCUUCUUAGCAUUUCUAGGAAAUGCUAUUCAGAUUUUGAGUUACAAGGAGUGUCGGAGUCAGUUUUGAACAGUAAAACCUACCAAAGCAUCUGCAGCAGAUUACAAGUUUAUGAUUGUUUUGUGGUUUUUGAUGUUCCGUUGUUGUAG